GCUUUGGUUUUUAUUUGUACAUGGAGUUUCUCGAAACGACUUUGUUAUCCCCACUCAGGAAGAUUUAGUCACGGAAUAGCACGAAUGGAUUUCAAAUCGCCAAUACUUACUGCAUUUACGUCAUGGAAAGCAGAAGAGGGGUAGUGGGUAAGCAACAUGCUGUCGAAUAUAAAAAUGUAGGUCGAUUUUUAUUCAUCUUUCUUUCCUCAUCAUAGCAAUGUUCACUCGAACUCCUCCCUCAGUACUCAAAACAUCUUCGCGAUUAUCACAACUUUCUUCACAAAUUCAAAGACGAAGUAUGGCCUCAAUUACCACACUUAAGCUCAACACUGGAGCUACCAUUCCCGCCAUUGGCUUUGGUACAUGGCAGGACAAGGAUUCUCAGGAAGAGGCAGUCACAGAAGCAUUGAAGGCGGGGUAUAGACACAUUGAUACAGUAUGUAUAGUCGUUUGGAUGAACAACUAUUAAUGAAUAAUCUAUUAAUUCAAGACUCUUUUCAGGCAAGAGUAUACGGAACUGAAUCAGCAUGCGGUGCUGCAAUCAAGGCUUCUGGCAUUCCUCGAUCCGAACUUUUCAUCACCACCAAGUUAUGGAAUAACAAGCACAAGCCAGAAGAUGUCGAGCCAGCUCUUGAUGAGUCAUUAAAAGAUUUGGGUUUGGGUUAUGUCGAUUUAUACUUGAUGCAUUGGCCAUCCGCAUUCAAGCCAGGCGAUGACUUAUUCCCCAAGGUCAAUGGCAAGACGCAAACGGCAGAUAUUUCAUACGUUGAUACAUAUAAGGCUAUGGAGAAGCUUAUUGAAACUGGAAAAACCAAGGCUAUUGGUAUUUCCAAUUUCUCGAGGGGUGAAUUGGAGAAUUUAUUAAAGGAGACUUCGAUUGUUCCUGCAGUUCACCAAUUGGAACUUCAUCCAUGGCUUCAACAAACUGAGUUUUGUGAGUUCAAUAAGAGUAAGGGAAUUCAUAUUACUCAAUACUCUCCAUUUGGAAAUCAAAAUGAGGUCUAUGAUAGCGGAAAGGGUAUUGGCAAGUUGAUGGUGAGAUUAUUACAAGUAUCAUAUCUCCCAAGCUCCGCUAACAUGUGUUUAGGAUGAUCCAACAAUCGUCGAAAUUGGCAAAAAGUAUAACAAGUCUGGAGCUCAAGUAGCAUUAGCUUGGGGUAUUGCACAUGGUCACUCUGUCAUCCCUAAAUCGAAAACACCUUCACGCAUCAAGAGUAACUUGGAGGGGGAUUUCAAACUUGAGGCUGAAGAUUUGAAGAAAUUGGAUGGUUUGGAUAAAAAGUUAAGAUUCAAUGAUGCUAGUGCGUCAUUUGGAUACAACUUCUAUUCAGACCUUGAUGGUAAGAGAAAGAAUUAAGAUGAAGAGUGACCCACAUGUAUUAUAAUAAUAGUACUUUCUCAUCAACAGCCUCAUACUAUCUUCUACAUCUUGUCCUACAACAUUGGCUUAGGAACAUGUAUGGCUUGAUUCAAUACUUCAGCCCCAAUGCCGAUGUCUCAACGCGCUAUCAAAUUUGAGAAUAGGGAACUAAGAAAAUGUAUUCUCUAGUCACUAUAGAUCACCUCAUGCAA